UCUCUCUCUCUCUCUCUCUCCCCAAUAUCCUAUAUAAAAACCCUCUUAACCUUCCACUUCUCCUUCAAGCCUUGACCAUUUCCAUUCAAACCCUUCUUCUUCUUCUGCAUCUACAACUUGCUUAGACAAGUACUCCUCUCAGAAAGCAGUCCUCUGUUCCUCUCUCUAACUAGCUGGGAAAUUAACCAGUUAUCUCAGUUGUCUCUUUAAAUUUCAGAUCUCUCAACCAAUUAGAAGUAUUUUGUCUCUAGUUACUAAAGAAGAGAGGAUGAAGAUGAACAGCACAAGCAUGGGGGGAUCCAAGAGGAGGAUUUCAUCCAGUAGAGGUCUUGGAGGAGCGCUUAGAGAGCAAAGAACCAGGCUUUACAUUAUAAGGAGAUGUGUUGUCAUGCUUCUCUGCUGGCAUGAUUGAUAAUUAAUUAAUUUGUUCCAUCUCUCUCUCUCUCUCUCUCUCUUCUUUUCUGGGUUGGCCUUUUGGGAAUGUAAAUAGCAUCGAUCUACUGAGGAUAUGAUCAUCUUCAGCAAAUUUUGUACUUGAUCAAUGGACCUGUGAUUUUGAUUAGCAGAUUUAUUAGUUCACAAGUUUCAGUGCUAGCUCUUCUGUAUAUUUACUUAUUUCUUCUUCUUCUUCUUCUUCUUCCUUUCUGAUUAACAACUCAUAUGAUGACUGGUUUUAUCAGAAACAAUAAAUAAAUAAUGGUUGGUUUCUGGCUCGAACAUUCAUGGGGGAGCCAUGAAAUCUGACA